GCGACGCCGUCGUAAUGGUGACCAACAGGGGGAACAAAAUGGAGCAACACUUUCUGGUGACGGCGGUCCCACGGGCGGCGACGGUCGCUGAAACCGGCGAGAAGGCAUCGCUAUCGGCAGCAUCCAUGGCGUUAACGGCGACGACGACGACGACGGUCGCUUCCGGAUCCGCACUGCUGCCGCUGCUGCUGUCGCUGGUCGUCCCGGCCACGGUCUAAAACUGUCUUCUGUCUUCUCGCAGCCGAGUGGACCGCGGCCAGAAGCUACGAGGCACGGCCUUUUUGUGGUGAGCUUCGUCGCAACCUCGACCUCGACCCCCUCCCGGUUCAAAACCCCCUUUCAGGGGGUUUCGCCCAAAUCCGCCCAACGACGGGUUUCGGGUUCGAUCAGGGAAGCGAAGUCCCAGUGAGCAAGUGAGUGAGCGCGUGAGCGAGGGUUGGCGGAAUAAAAAGCGAAUAAAAAACGUGAAAAAGGAAAGCAGGAAGAAACAGAAAGGAAAAAAAAAGGGAAAAAAAGGGGAACCAGUGUGCCCGUGGGGAGUCUGCGAAACAGUCGUGCGAUGGAACGGGCGAAGGUGAGAUAAUUUCGCAACUCGCAGCUGCUCGCCCUGGCCACGAGAGCGCCAGCGAAGCCAAGGAGCACAAAUAGUGAAAAAAGGUGAAGGCCAAAACACGGUGCCGUGUUCGGAAGCGGAAGCGACAGAAUUGAAAUUGAGUGCGUGCGUGUGUGUUUGCGUGUGCGGGCGUGUGUUUUUUUUACCUCCACGCGAGCCGAGCAACCGAGUGAAUCGAAAGGUGUCCAAUAGGUUGUAAUGACUACACGUAGCACAAACGGCAAGAACACCGAAACCAAGUGAAGCGAGUGAAUCGAAAGAGAGAGAGAGAGAGAGAGAGAGAGAGAGAGAGAGUGACAAGCACAACCUGGAAGUUACAUUAACACACACGCUUAAAGUGUCCACCUGAAAAGAACGCCGGAAAAAGGACGAAAGUGUUGCGAACGGUUGCUAACAGCGGAUCAGGGGCAAAAGGGGGCUGCUUCGUUGGGUCCAGGACCCCACACGCCCGUUCCCCCACCCCCGACCACCACCAGACACGACCAGACCUUACCGGCCCAGGGCGAGUGUUGGUGGUAGUGGUGGUGGAGGCUACCUUCUCCUGCUACUGACGACAUCUGGUGAGGAUCACCUUCAAGGAGACGGCAACGGUUGCUUCCUUCCGGUCCCGAUGGCGCACCACACCGCACCGGCGUUGAACUGAAGCCAGGCGGCCCGAGUGACAGCAAGUGUGUGAGUGUGUGUGUACGUGUGGCCUCUGUACCCUAUGGGGAAGAUCCACGCCGGAAGCAGAUGAUGGUGCCAUCGGGAACCCGUACCUACUACGCUUGUGGUCUCGAGCGUGCUCCGAGGACACCAACGCGACCAUAGACACCGUAGACGAACGGGACCGAAACUCAGCGCACCGGACAGGGACACCGAACCGGAACCGGAACCGGCGAGUGGGCGAUAGGCGGAUCGUUCGGGAUUGUUUCGAACGUUCGCUUCAUUGCUGGGACGCGACACGGACGACCACGGGAAAAUAAGAUUAAGCAGCUAAAGCGGAAGAGCGAGAACGAAAGAGAGAGAGAGAGAGAGAUAGAAAGAGAGCAAAAACGAGAGAGAGAGAGAGUGGGAGAACGAAACAGAAAAAAAAACACACGGAAUACUAACGCAGCCACCGACAGUAACCAAAGCAACAGCAACGCCAACUGCGUUCAGCCAAAAACUCUUGUCCUCGAGCAAACCGAAUCGAGCGGCAGCAGCAGGCAGCGACCAGAACCAGCUGUUGUGUGCGAGCACCUUAGCCACCCCUUUUCCACACCCCCUCGGCCACCCACAGCCCGAGUGGCUGGCUGCCUGUGUGUUUCGAUCUCGUUAGCACGGUUAGCGCGCGGACACAUUCUCAGCAUCAGCAGCAGCAGCAGCAGCAUCAUCGCCAUAUCGCAAUCAUCGCUACAGGAAACAAAAUGGCGGGUGGUGAGCACACGUUCGGUAGGAAGACAUUUCACAAGCCAACCUAUUGCCAUCACUGUUCGGAUCUGCUGUGGGGGCUCAUCGGACAAGGAUACAUCUGUGAAGUGUGCAACUUUAUAGUACAUGAAAAGUGCGUGACCAACAUCGUGACACCGUGCACAGGCAUCGCACCGUACCUUAUCCGGAACCCGGUGGCACAUUGUUGGUCUGAACCGUCGCACCACAAGCGCAAGUUCUGUUCAGUUUGCCGUAAGCGAUUAGAUGAAACUCCCGCCGUUCAUUGCUUGAUAUGUGAAUACUUUGCACAUGUCGAGUGCCAGGAUUUUGCCAUCCCCGACUGCAAGGAAAAUGCAACGUACGUACCGGGCAAGGAAUUGGGCCACGUCAAGCAUCAGCAUCACUGGCGCGAGGGCAACCUGCCACAAUCGUCAAAGUGCGCGUACUGCAAGAAGGCGUGCUGGUCUUACGAAUGCCUCACAGGUUAUCGUUGCGAAUGGUGUGGCACCACCACCCAUGGCGGCUGCCGGAACAACAUCCCGGCCGAAUGUACGUUCGGCACGCUGCAACCCAUCUAUCUGCCGCCACAUGCCGUGUCCAUCCCGCGCACGGAAGUGCCAAUGGAGGCGAUCAUCGGUGUGCAGAAUCGCAACAAAGGAACGCCGGGGAUUCAGCGCGACUACUCCUGCCCGGAACUGUGGACAAUCGCCAUGUACCAGGAGCAACGGCAGGAAGCGCCAGCCCACGGGCAUUGCAGCGAAAGUACGGAACUGCUGCUACACAGUGUGCGACAGGAGGAACAAACGCACAGCUCGCCACCAUUCUCCCCGGUCAGCUUCACCUUCUACGACGACACCGAUAGCGUCUCGAGUGCGAUCGGAUCGGUCGGUGCGGAACCGUGCGACCCAAAGGACGUGCGGAAACCGAAGGACGACGAGGCACCAGUACAGCAGUACCACAGCGAUAACAGCCUGCUGCUGCAAACGCAAGAUGGCUGGCCGAUGCGGCCAACUCGCAGCCGCAACCUCAUCCAUCCGGCGCUACGUCGCACCACCAAAACCGCAACCACCCAACCCGGUCCACCCACCGAUGCGGUGGUGACGCGCAGCCGCUCCUUCCAGGACCAAACCGACAGUAUUCCGAAGCGCUUUGCCAAAUCACCCGCCUGCUACAGCCCGCGGUUUAUGGCGCGCUUUCGCAAAAAACACCAGGCGUCUCCAUCGGCGCACCAGCGCGACUCUCCACCCUCCCCAUUGGUGGGGGCACGGCACGACCCACUCAACGGAAGUGGCAACCCACCCACACCGCGCUCACAGCCCACCACAUUGGCCCCCAUUCGGGCCGCGUUGGCUCCAGUGCGAAUGCACACCCCAUCCAGUUCGCUGACGUCAUCAGCCGUAUCAUCCGGGCCACUGCUCACCGUGCAGCCCGGUGCUCGACCCACAGAAACCGAGCUCGCCCUGGGACCGCCCGUCGAACGAUCGUCCUCGUUUGAUUGCACCGUUCCGUGCACCCGCACGCCCGGGAAAACGUACGGCCCCCAUCUAACGGUUAUGGCGUCACGCACGAACGAACUGCUCACCUGCGUCGAACCGAGGCGGGUCGCUUCGUACGAUGACGUCAGUGGGUUUAGCUUCAUCGACGACGACGACGACGACAACGGUGAUGGUCUCUCCACCGACGGUGACGCGCCCGAAUUGAACGGUAGUUCCGGUGUCGGUGGAAUCGAUGGGCCCGAACCUUCCCGGAUGUUGCGGGUUUACGCGAACUGUGCCACCCGAACUGUGGCGACCGAAACGGCCACCGAAUGUGCCACACAACAGGGGGGUGUAGUUCGUCAGCAUCCGACGCAGCAUCUGCUCGAACGCAUCUACCGCCAGAUGCGAAAGUGCUCGAUGGGCUGGAGCAAGACGGGAUGCCGCGUGCGCCGAGCUCGCAGCAUCUCCGAGGAGAUAACGGCCGAUGGUCGCUGCCGGGAGGACGAUUACGUACCGCGAGGUGAAAGCAGCGGCACCGGUACUCACCCGAAGCCAGAUUCUGCGCAUAAGCCAGAUAAAGAUAAGGAUAAGAAAGAUAAGGACAAGGAGGAGCGUGAUGAAGAAACAAUCAAGGUAUUCGACGGGAACUGUUCAUAUCGAAGAAGAAUUUUCAGAGCCAUUAACGUACCUAGAACAUGCUCUUUGGAACAACUGUUGACCACCGCCUUGAGGGCCUUCCACAUAGCCAGGGACUCUAAUCUAUUUUUUCUCACUGAUGUCUAUGGCGACGAGGUCAGAUUGCAGGAUCCCAACCCAGUGCCAGGCCUACAUCGAGUGGAGGGCAAAAGACCAGCUAUUUACUUAAGAUUUCGUGAUAAGGAGAACGAUCACGGUUUUGUGCGCGUCUACCCGGGUAAGCUGCAGGUGGAGAACGCUUACGUUAUCAUACCGGUGGACAACGAUACCACCGUCAAGGAUCUGAUCUGCGAAUCGCUGAAAAAGUUCGGCCUGCAAAGCCACCAGAUCGAGGACUACCGCUGCUCGGAGAUCCUGCUCGAUCGGGGCGUAACCGAGCGCGUGCUGUCGUGGAACGAGCGACCCUGGGAGAUCAUGAAGCAGCUCGGCAAGGACUCGAUCCGGCAGAUGGAGCUGAUGCGGUUCUAUCUGCAGCUGAAGCAGGACCCGCACGGCCCAAAUCUGGCGCUGUUCGUUGGCAACCUGCCGCCCGGGUUGUCGCAGCGCAACUACGAGCACAUACUGACGGAAUUCCUUGGCUUCGAGAACAAGUUCAGCAGCAUUGGUCCCAUCUACUACGAGUACGGUUCGCUCGUGAUAACCUACGAAAAUGCAUCCAAGGCUGUCCGUGCAUUCCAGGCCCUGCGGGAGUCAAAGUAUGAGGAAAAGCACCUGCUCGUGCUGCUGUUGCCCAACAUCGAACCGAGCAUGGUGCCGGCGGGCGUCCAGCCGUUGCUGGUGUUUGUAAACGUCAAGUCCGGCGGAUGCCAAGGUCUAGAGCUUAUUAGUAGUUUUCGUAAAUUAUUGAAUCCAUAUCAGGUGUUUGAUUUGGAUAACGGUGGACCACUGCCCGGGCUGUACGUGUUCCGGCACAUCCAGGACUACAAAAUUCUGGUGUGCGGUGGCGAUGGCACCAUCGGCUGGGUGUUGCAGUGUUUGGACAACGUCGGUCAGGACUCGGAAUGUUCCAGCCCACCGUGUGCCAUCGUUCCGCUCGGUACCGGAAAUGAUCUGGCCCGUGUGCUGCGUUGGGGUGCCGGCUACACUGGAGGCGAAGACCCGCUCAAUCUGCUGCGUGACGUGAUCGAUGCAGAGGAAAUCCGGCUCGAUCGCUGGACGGUGGUGUUCCACCCGGAGGACAAACCGGAAGACGCCACACCGAAGGCACAGCCCAACUCAACCGGUAAGAAGAAGAAAAUACAGCAACAGCAACAGCAACAACAACAGCAACAACAGCAACAGCAACAACAGCAACAGCAACAACAGCAGCAGCAACAACAGCAAUCGCAACAGAACCAACAGCAGCACCAGCAACAUCCGUCGGUGGCGAUCGUCGCAAAUCCGGCUCAAGUCGUCGGUGGCGCACAGAGCGAAGACAACUCGCAGAUAUUCGUGAUGAACAACUACUUUGGAAUUGGUAUCGAUGCCGAUCUGUGCUUGGAUUUCCACAACGCGCGCGAGGAAAACCCGAACAAGUUCAACUCCCGGCUGCACAACAAGGGCGUGUACGUGAAGAUGGGCCUGCGGAAGAUGGUCGGCCGCAAGAUGGUGAAGGAGCUGCACAAAGAGCUGCGGCUCGAGGUGGACGGGAAGGUCGUCGAGCUGCCACCCGUCGAGGGCAUCAUCAUACUGAACAUCUUGAGCUGGGGCUCGGGAGCGAAUCCCUGGGGACCGGAAAAGGAGGAUCAGUUCAGCAAACCGAACCACUGGGAUGGCAUGCUGGAGGUCGUAGGCGUCACCGGUGUCGUGCAUUUGGGCCAGAUUCAGUCCGGAUUGCGUUCGGCCAUGCGAAUAGCUCAGGGCGGACACAUCAAGAUACAUCUUCAUUCCGACAUACCGGUGCAGGUUGACGGGGAACCGUGGGUUCAGAGUCCCGGUGAUGUGGUCGUGCUGAAGUCGGCGUUAAAGGCGACAAUGUUGAAGAAAAUGAAGGGCAAAAUGAAACGACGCAACACCGAGCCCACGAUGCAGGUGAUGGGGCCAUCGGGGAUCCAGAUGACGCUGGCCGCACCCCAGGAGCCCGACGAGGUCGACUCCAAUAAUACAGAUUUUUGAAUAUGGUAUAACGAGCGAUUAAUUUAACGUGCUUCGUCGUUUGCGAGCGUCCCGCAGAGAGAGUCAGAGAGAGGGCAGGCGGAGGGGGAGAGGGAGGGAGGUGGCGAAGCCGAGAAGGGAAUGAGAAGGGAUGGGAGCAGGAGAAUGGAGGGAAGAAAAAAUUGCGGAAAAUGCGCAAAGGUUAGCGAUCCGGUUGUACAGGCAACACAAAUGUCCACCCUCACAGGCAGAAAUGAUCCCAUUUAUAGACAGAGCAAAAACAAAAAAAAGGAAACACAAUUUGGCACACGCCCACCAACACCCGCCGACCAAGCGGCGCCGACAAGUACCGAUUUUUGUGCUCCAGGUGCUGCUGCUACGCGUACGUGGUACGCACUUUUUCUCUGCAGAAUAGCUCAACAGAUAACUGGCUCAUUGCAAGGACCGAUCGUGGCAUGAGAUCGCCUUUCUGGCGAUCUGUCCGUCUUCACUUUACAUUUUCCUCGGUGUUUGUUUGUGCUUCUUGAACACAACUCUAACCCUCGCAGUGUUCAAAGUCACACUCUGCACACCGGGAACCGUCUCAAACACGUUGUUCUCGAGGUAUGAUCACGAUCGCGCGAUCCAUCACGUACGUGGCAGCUUGCAACUGUAUCGGUGUGGAUUGGUAACACACCCCGCGUGUGGUCGCGUCCUGGACAUUUUUCCGACCCACCUCCUCCUCCCCUUUGCGGGCGUGUGUGUGUGUUUGUGUGGGUGUACGAUUGUGGUGUUUGCAGACGUUUCAAACACGAACAAAUAGCAUAGCACCUUGUCCCGUUGAUGUGGCUGCCCGGCUGCAAAGAAGAAGAAAAAAACAGCUCCAACACGCUCGAGCGUGUACAAAUUGACAACCGGAAAACACACACACACACACAAUAGGAAGGAAAACGAAAAUCAAGCGAACACAAAGCUUACCAUUACCGAAUAGCACAACACGACGUAUAGCUCGAAGGGCAGCGAUCCGCCAGGCGCUUCCCUUUCGGGGAAGGCUAGGAAGCUGUGGAAGAGGUGUGGCAGCUAGCAAAACAUCUGUAAAAAAAAAUCCAAAUGAAACACGAUAGCAAACCAAACCAAAAAAAAAAAAGAAAACUCUAUGUAUAUGUAUGUGUCUGUGCGUGUACGUGUA